AUGACCAGCCGGAUGAUCAUCCUGGCGGGAGCUCCAGAGGCCGCGAAGCUCGACUGGAGCGAGAAAUCGCUUCUGCCGGAUUCCGCCCACGUCGAGUCUCUCACAAUCGACAAAGACUCACCAGCUCCGCAGACUCCGUUAUCCCCCUCGUCCAAAGCCUUCGGUGCGCAAUGGCGACAGAUCACCACGCAGAAGCUCCAAAUGCGACCGGUCUUGCCCAAACUCAAUAUCGACGCGCGUCAGACGACGCCAGGCAGUGCAUUUCCAUCCCACAGCGGCCAGCAGAACGAGCCCAAUGAGAUGGACCGUAGCGGCGCCGAAUUCUUCUCCUUCUCGGAAUUGCUCGGCGUGUCUACCCCAAGCAGCGACAUCAGUGAAGCUCAAUCACAACCUUCGCUAUCCGGGGGCUCUUCCUCCAUCCCCGACACCGCAUCGAACAGUACGGGGGCGUUCAAUACUUCCGAAGGCGGUCCACUAGCCGAGUACUAUGACCAUUCUUUUUCUAUUUACGAAGCAAUCCCUUCCUCGCAACUCUCACACUUCUCCGAUUCCAUUACCCCCGGCACGCCAACUUAUGAAUCGAACAAGGAGAUGUUUUCGUCACAACAAACCACCGGUACACCCGGCGGGAUCAUUAGGACACCUUCACAAAGGCGUUUAAGUCAGGCACCACGACCGAAAACGUUGAGCGAGUUACAAGACAUUCCGAACGCAGCGUAUUUGGAAAACAUUUCGCCACAGACAAUGACAGUCAACUUGAUUGUGGGUAUCGUCUCCAUCGCGCCGCCAAGGACAGUCAUCACAGGCGCGAAAUACGGUCGACCGAAGGAGGUAGACUUGGUGGAGAUGGUAGUGGGCGACGACACAAAAUCCGGCUUCCCCAUUUCCAUGUGGCUACCAAAGGAAAUGCGAGUGAACUGGAAAGACGGGGCCAACGCGAAUCCGGAAGGAAGCCGAAGUAUUUUACGUCGGACUCUGCGGUUCAUGAAACCUCGGGACGUGGUGUUGCUCCAGAACGUGGCGCUCAGCUCAUUCCGGGGCAAAGUGCACGGGCAGAGCCUGAAGGGCGACGUCACCAAGAUCGAUCUGUUGUUCCGCAAGAAAGUGGACGACGACGAUUUAAGCGGCAUCUACUCGGUGAGCAACCUGCGGACGGCCAACGUGGGUAAGGACCCGCAGGUGCUUAAGGUGAAGAAAGUGAAGGAUUGGCUGAUGGAGUUUGUGGGUGAGCGAGAGGGAGGUUUGGGAGGUGGAUUGGCGCUGCCGGGAGGGAGGAAAGGGAGAAAGAAUAAGGCCGGAUACGGCUAUGCGUUCUUACCUGAUGAUACCCCGUGA